ACUCCGCCUCCAAAGAAACCCUAGAUCCUUUUCAUGGAGUAGCUGAGCUAUAAAUAAGGGACGCAGCAUUCUAUGGAACCCUACUUGUAAUUCAUAGAGCUGCUCGAGGGUCUCUAAGCAAUUCCUCUCUCUCUGCGCAGCCACUGCUAAUUCUUUGCCAAGUUCAAAUUCAUUAUGGGUAAGGUGAAGGUUCACAUUAACAUUGUGGUCAUUGGCCAUGUCGACUCCGGUAAGUCGACCACUACUGGUCAUCUCAUCUACAAGCUUGGGGGUAUUGACAAGCGUGUUAUUGAGAGGUUCGAGAAGGAAGCUGCUGAGAUGAACAAGAGGUCAUUCAAGUAUGCCUGGGUGCUUGACAAGCUCAAGGCUGAGCGUGAACGUGGUAUUACCAUUGAUAUUGCCUUGUGGAAGUUUGAGACCACCAAGUACUACUGCACUGUCAUUGAUGCUCCUGGACAUCGUGACUUUAUUAAGAACAUGAUUACUGGAACAUCACAGGCUGACUGUGCUGUUCUCAUCAUUGACUCCACCACUGGUGGUUUUGAAGCUGGUAUUUCCAAGGAUGGUCAGACCCGUGAGCAUGCAUUGCUCGCUUUCACUCUUGGUGUCAAGCAGAUGAUCUGCUGCUGCAACAAGAUGGAUGCCACAACCCCCAAGUACUCGAAGGCUAGGUAUGAUGAAAUUGUGAAGGAAGUUUCUUCAUACUUGAAGAAGGUUGGCUACAACCCUGAGAAGAUCUCAUUUGUUCCGAUCUCUGGUUUUGAGGGUGACAACAUGAUUGAGAGGUCUACCAACCUUGACUGGUACAAGGGUCCAACCCUCCUUGAAGCACUUGACCAGAUUAAUGAGCCAAAGAGGCCCUCAGACAAGCCACUUCGUCUCCCACUUCAGGAUGUUUACAAGAUUGGUGGUAUUGGAACUGUCCCAGUUGGUCGUGUGGAGACUGGUAUCCUCAAGCCUGGUAUGGUUGUGACCUUUGCCCCAAGUGGACUCACCACUGAAGUUAAGUCUGUUGAAAUGCAUCAUGAAGCUCUUCAAGAGGCCUUGCCUGGUGACAAUGUUGGGUUCAACGUUAAGAAUGUUGCUGUGAAGGAUCUUAAGCGUGGUUAUGUUGCAUCCAAUUCUAAGGAUGAUCCUGCCAAGGAGGCAGCCAACUUCACAUCCCAGGUCAUUAUCAUGAACCACCCUGGUCAGAUUGGUAAUGGAUAUGCCCCAGUGCUUGACUGCCACACCUCCCACAUUGCUGUCAAGUUUGCUGAAAUCUUGACCAAGGUUGAUAGGAGGUCUGGUAAGGAGCUUGAGAAGGAGCCUAAGUUUUUGAAGAAUGGUGAUGCUGGCUUUGUUAAGAUGGUUCCCACCAAGCCUAUGGUUGUUGAGACUUUCUCUGAGUACCCACCACUAGGUCGGUUUGCUGUUCGUGACAUGCGCCAGACGGUUGCUGUUGGAGUUAUCAAGAGUGUUGAGAAGAAGGAUCCUACUGGUGCUAAGGUUACCAAGUCUGCUGCCAAGAAGAAGUGAAUAUUGCUGUUUGCAUUAUCCAUUGAUGCAAUCUUGAAAAACUUAUUUUUCUGUCAUAAAGACCUAGCUUAUGUUAGUCGUGUGGUUUUGAACUAUGUAGUCAGUUUUGCUUAUAGUCUUAUUAUAUCUUGUUCUCUGUCAUCGCUGUCUGGUCGUCGCACUCAGAAUUGGGUGCUUGACAGGCGGUGGUGACGAUUUGUUGAGUCGGUUGCACACCUUUGAAAAGAAGGAUGUUGACAAUUUCUUUCUGAGGUUUUUACCUUUUUUUUUUUAUUAAUUAAUGGUAUAAAAUUUUAAAUUUCCCAAA